AUAAAAUAAAUAGUUACAAUAUGUGUAAUAGUUAUAUAUAAUACAAGGAAAUAUGUUGCAUUGUUAAUGAAAAUACCCAGGACCAUUGGUGCAUUGGCUUUCGAGUGGUGACUACAUUUAAAAUGUACUCAUUUCAAAUAUUUUUCAUAAUUUUAUUGAUCCACAGCCACCUCGCGACAUCUGAUGAACCGACAAAAAGCCUUCCAGACCCCAAGCUGUUUUUAAAUAUAACAAAUCCCAGUGGGCCUACAAAUGUGACUGAAACCAAGCUGACAACAAAUUUAACCGAAAAAACCAUUGCUACGAAUGUAACCGAAACUGGACCGCUUACAAAUGUAACUGAAAUUACACCAGGUCUAAACGUAACGGAAAUCAAAUCGGGUCCAGUUGUAACCGACAUUAAACCGGCUACAAACGUAACCGGCGUUAAACCGGGACCAGAUGUAACCGACAUUAAACCGGCUACAAACGUAACCGGCGUUAAACCGGGUCCAGGUGUAACCGACAUUAAACCGGCUACAAACGUAACCGGCGUUAAACCGGGACCAGGUGUAACCGACAUUAAACCGGCUACAAACGUAACCGGCGUUAAACCGGGUCCAGAUGUAACCGACAUUAAACCGGCUACAAACGUAACCGGCGUUAAACCGGGUCCAGGUGUAACCGACAUGAAACCGGGUCCAGAUGUAACCGACAUUAGACCGGUUACAAAUGUAACUGACAUUAGACCGGCUACAAAUAUAACUGAAACCGAACCAGCUACAAAUAUAACCAAAAUUAAACCAGAAAUAAAUGUAACUGAAGACGAUCUGACUACAACUGUAACCGAAUUAGAGCCCGCUAUAAAUGUAACCAAAGCUGAAACGGACAUAAAUCAAGACAAAGAUGUUAAAUACAUUGGAACUGAAAAAAAAGUACCAGUGCAAAUCAGUGCAGACACAAACGAGUCAAACUUAGAUACCAGUGCAAAAGAACUAAAUGAUAAACAUGUCGAUACAAAAAAUACGUCUUCGAGUGUUACUGGAAUAGUAAUUGGCUCGAUAGCUUUAACUCUGAUUGCUUUCUGUGCCCUCAUUACAGUCUACAAAUGGUACAGCAAGAGAACUUACGUUGUCAGAAAUUCAAACGUUGAAAUGAGACAAGCGUGAUACAUAAUACAUAGAUGAUAUUAUAGUAUAAGUUAACUUUAAAAUUAAAUAAGUAUUAAUAAGUAUUUUAUGAAUACAGUAGCUUGAAACGACCGGAGAAGCUGCACAAUAUUAUGAGAGGAAAUGAGUUGGAUAAAGAGUGGGGCGACGGUUAUGUUUAUGAUACUAUUGAAUCAUUUAAUAAUACCACUGAAAAUGCAUUUUAAUAAAUAAAAUUAAAUGUAUAUUUUUUGAUUGAUUUAAUUAUUUUUUAUAGUUAGUGUCUAUUUCCAACAAUAAUAAGGCAGUCAAAGUGGAUAAAUAUUAGGAAAAAAUGUAAAAAAUUACAGAUGUCGCUAUUGUACGUCUAUAAAUUUUUUUUGAUAGUAAAUGAGCACAAUAUUAAAAAACAAUAUAUAAAUUUCAUACAAUCAGCCGAUGCGCCUACUGAAGCUAGGUUUCGCUGCUGUCCUGAGUAUAUUUCUCCAGCUUCGCGGCCAGCUGUGACACGACAUGCUAUAAAUGGUUGAAAAAGUUUGACAGUAUAAUAAGCUUUUAAUUUAAUAUACAUUUAAAAUAUAAGAGAGAAGAAGAGAGAAGAAGAGAGAAGAAGAGAGGGAAGAGAGUUUGUUUUUUAUACAAACUGCUCCACUCUUUACAAAAGUGAACUCUAUUGGACGAGAGCCUUGGUCUGUUUCAAUGUCUGAACGAGUACAGUCUAUGUCACGUAGAUAUGUUUGUAUGUCUAUUGCCUAAGCCCCAUCACAAAGAGAAGGAUUUUGUAAGUUGGACAUUAGGGUUGUGUUUGUAUAUAUAAUAUAUCUGUUUGUGGCAUCUAAGCUCCCAAAUAAAUGUACCGUUUGA